ACUCACCCCUCCCACCAUUCUCACCACCUUCAAAUUCUCAACCCCCUCAUUUUCUCUCUCCUCCAUUAACAAAAAAGCUUCAACUCUUCAUCAAUGGAGUCCUCCAAAACCACCACCAAAGGCGCCGGCGGCGGCCGUCGCGGCGGUGAUCGUAAGAAAUCCGUCACUAAAUCCGUCAAAGCCGGCCUUCAAUUCCCCGUCGGUCGAAUCAGUCGUUUCCUCAAAAAAGGCCGUUACGCUCAACGUCUUAGCUCCGCCUCCCCCGUUUACCUCGCUGCUGUCCUCGAAUACCUUGCUGCUGAGGUGUUGGAGUUAGCAGGGAAUGCGGCACGUGACAACAAGAAGAGCAGGAUCAUCCCUCGGCACGUGCUAUUGGCAGUAAGGAAUGAUGAUGAACUCGGGAAGCUUCUACAAGGUGUGACGAUUGCGCACGGGGGUGUUCUUCCUAAUAUAAACCCCUUGUUGUUGCCUAAGAAGGCUGAUAAGAAGGAAACUCCUCCUUCACCUAAGGCUGCUAAGUCUCCUAAGAAGGCCUAAUUAUUAUCAUUAAUGAUAAUUAGGUUUAUUUUAUUAACAUUAGUUAUGAAUAUUAAUGUAUGGAGGAUGAUUGAUGUACAUUUUGGGAUUAUAUAAUAUGGUACUAAAUCUUCUAAUCUUAGGUUUAAGGUUAAGGUUGAUUUUGGGUAUGUAAAUCGGAAGUAAGGUACUUAGUUUAUGAGGAAUUAUAGGUGUAAUUUCUCCCUCUUAUUUUGCUGAACAAUUGUUAUGAAAUUCGAAAUGGUAGUUUUAAUUUUGCACA